CCUAGGACCUCAGAACUGUGAGGCCAACGCUUUCCAGCUGAUCCACAGUGCUGCCCUUCACAGCGUGUCAUCUCAGACGAACGCUCAUAUUUGUGGGAGAGAGCUGGCACUUAUACCAGCUAACUUCGGGCGAAGGCAGACUACACCCAGAACUGGUCACCAGCCAGUCAGAGGGCAGGUUAUCGACACCCACCACCACUGAGCGGGAAUCGAUCCCACGCUGCCUGCCCCAAAGGUAGGCGUGUGUACCACUACACCAUCAGUGACUCCCCUAUUAUUAUUAUUUUUAUCCAUCCACCUAUCCAUUUUCUUUUGCCACUUAUCCUCACGAGAGUCACGGGGAGUGCUGGAGCUUAUCCCAGCUGUCAACGCGCAGGAGACAGGGUACACCCUGAACUGGUUGCCAGCCAAUCGCAGGGCACAUGGAGACAGACGACAGUCGCACUCCUCACAAUGAAGCGUAGGGGCAAUUUAGAGUGUCCGAUUAAUGUUACAUGUUUUUGGGAUGUGGGAGGAAACUGGAGUGCCCGAAGAAAACCCACGCAGGCAUGGGGAGAACCUGCUAACUCCACAUAGGUGCGUCCGGGAUUGAACCCAGGACCUCAGAACUGUGAGGCCAACGCUUUACCAGUGCUGUUGUAAACAAAUACCAUGUGGCUAUUGUCAUCCAUUCCCAUUGUCAGAGUGUGGAGAUGACCUUUUUCUUCUCCCUUUUCACGGUCGAUCUCAAGCUGUCGCCCCGCCACUCCUUCUCUUGUCUGCGCCGUCGGCUGAGCCCCGCCCCGGCCCCCUCGCCUUUCGCCCCUGCCCCUACCACCAUCCCCGUAUGCCCCCCUACUCUUCCCUGGCCCACCUGUUGAAGCAAUUGUUUUCUUCACAGUUUAUGUCUGCCCACGGGUGCCGCCCUCCUUCAGGCUCUCUCUUUCUUCCUCAUGCUUAUAAAAGGAAGCUGAGGAUUCUCUCCUGCUUCAGUUGAACUUUUUUUUAGCCAGCACAUUUCAUAGCCAGCAUGCAGAUGGACGACAGAAGUGUGUCGCUGUGGUGCGAGGAAACUGAAGAGGACUACCAGGACCAGGUACCCAAGAGAGUCACGAGAACAGGGGUCACAGGUGGUCUGCGGGCCGCCUGGGACCCGUCGGUGUCGGGGAGGCGUGUGAUCCAGAGGUUGCUUCACGUGCAGGAACGAUAUGCACCCUCGCCACUCUACGUGAGUCUCAUACAGCAGGAACCAGAAAGACGAGAUGAGCUGGCCAAAUGGACGCUGCAGGUUUGCUGCGAUUGUGGCUGCGACGAGGCCGUUUUCCCGCUGUCUGUCUCCCUGAUAGACCGGUUUCUGUCGGUCACAUUGUCAACACCAAUUUCUCUGUACUGCCUGGCAUCCGCAUGCAUUCUCAUCGCCUCGAAGCUGAGUGAGUGUGACAACAUAAGCUCAGAUGCCCUCUGUGCCACCGCGGAGUGCAACUUCCUGCCAAUCAACCUGCGGGAAAUGGAGCGCAUUGUCCUGGCCACCCUACGCUGGGACACGGCUGCUGUGACGCCUCAGGACUUCCUGCCGCACUUCCUGGCCUUGCUGGAGGAGAGGCGCGAGGAGGAUAGCACCACUCUGAGGCGGCACAGCGACACGUUGGCGGCCAUGUGCACGUGUGACUCACGCUUCCUGGGGGCGCCGCCCUCCCUGGUGGCCGCUGCCUCACUCAACUGCGCCCUCCGGGGCCUGGGCAACAGGGGGCGCUCUCGGCUCUACCUGCUCAGUUUAACGCUCGCCGAGGUGUGCCAGUCCGACCUGGUGGUGCUGCAGUACUACAGCGAGAUGAUCGAGCGCACCCUCCGCCAGCGUCUCAGCGGCAGGCCGGUAGACAAAGGUGACGAGAUGGAGGACGAGAGAUCUUGCACGCCCACUGACAUGAGAGAGAUCGAUUUCUAAAGCUUUGUUGUUGUCCACAUUGCAAGUGUGGACCAAUCAAAUGUCGUCGUCAUCAGUUAAACUGAUACAAAUGAAGACCUCAACAUAGCAUAUUUUUAUACACUGAAUUGAUGACUUGUGUUGUUAAUUUAAAUGUUUGCAUUAUUUAUUAACCAGA